AUGGUGGAACAGGACAAAAGUCUGGUUAACUAUGUUAAACCAUGGUACAAACGUCGACAAACAGGUCUCUCAGAAUCCUUCGAUGCACUAUGGGAAAUCUUACGUGGCAUUAUCAAUGAUCCCAAGCCUAGAACUAUCGUAUGUGUUUUGGAUGCUAUCGAUGAGUGUGAACCAAUUUCAAGGACAUUACUCAUUGAGGGAAUGGGAGAGUUUGAUGGUUAUCAGCGAGACAAGCGUUCCCAACUCAAGUUUCUCGUCACUAGCAGACCGUACACAGAAAUUGACCGACAAUUCCGACAGAAGUGCAGUAACCUGGCCCUAAUCGACAUGGAAGAUGAUGGAUUAUCCGACCAAGUCGGUAAAGAAAUCAACCUGGUGAUCGACGACAAAAUUCCGCGUAUUUUCAAUAGCUUCAGGCAUCCGCCUAAUACACGAACCCAAACGGAGAUUUCUGAAAAGCUAAAAGGCAACAACAACAGAACUUACCUAUGGUUGAAACUUAUGCUUGAUGCCAUCCAUGUCACUACUCUGCCUGGGGAUCAUCAGUGGGCGGCAUUUGUAAAGCAGAUGCCAACAGGAUUGUUUGAUGUAUACGCGAAUAUUCUCGACAAGGUUGAUCUUCAAAAGCGGGGAGAAACCAUCAAGCUGUUCCGUAUUCUCCUUGCUGCUACCAGGACAUUAACUCUCAAGGAGUUGAAUGUAGCCCUAGUAGUAGCGGAUAGAAUCAAAGAGAACGGUCACAAUGCAAGACCAGCCCAUGACCUAUGUUUCUUUGACGAGCAUAAACUGGUAGAUUACAUCAGGGACAUCAGUGGCCGAACGGUUACUAUCGUUGGACCGAAUGUUUACUUUAUCCAUCUGACAAUGAGAGAAUUUCUCACGACUGGAAAUCCCCCUGCAGCGAGUUGGUUCAGUCAGAGCUUCCAGAUAUCUCACAAUACUCUUGCAGAAAUAUGCAUUUGGUACAUUCUACGGCAAUUUGAACAGCAAUUUGGCAAACGGCCUCUACCGAGUGCGUGGCAGUGCCCUCUACAGGGUGAGAAGAGAGAUCAGACCAGUUACGGGGAAUGGUAUAAAGGCCACCAUCGGGAUGUAAAGCAUUUCGUGGAAACAGAUCCUUUCCUACCGUAUGCAGAAUCGAGAUGGGCUACGCAUGUCAGAAACUCUGGUGAUGACUUGCAAAUUAAAUUACUUCCCUACGUCCUUGAACUUUGUGGACUCAAAUCCAAAGCUUCUAUAAUGUGGUUCCAGCUUUACCACACACACCGGUGGUUUUGGGACGUUGCUCGUCCUACUGAAUUUCCUACGUUCGUCAUCAUAGCUACAUGUGGAUUAAAGGCAGUCUUGCAGAAGAUAUGGGAUAAUUCUUGCGAUGCCAACAUUGAUUUCCAAAGCCAAGACUUUCUUCAAUAUUCACUCCGGUUGAGUCUUCUAGCGCUCGUCGCCAGAGAAGGACACAUGGAUGUGGUCAAAUUCCUACUGGAUAAGGGUGCUCAUCCGAACCCGCAUCCAGAGCUCAAUGGCAUGACUCCGCUACAUCAUGCCUCUUAUAGAGGUCACCAUUUGCCCAGUUGGAAAUUUGACCUCCGAGUCACGGAGUCACGGAACACGUUGCAGUUGCAUGCAAGGCUGAGCCUGCACAGUCAUGUGAACCGAAAUUUUCUCGUCCGGUUUUUGUGCUUUCAAUAUAUCAAAUUUGGCCGAGAUUUCUCGAGAGGCUUUGGCUUUGCCCUGUGCAGACUCGAAGCAGCCGAACUGCGUCUCAUACGGUGGGGAAUGUCCAUUGGCAUCGGAAGCCCCGAAACGAAACUACAAACAGAGAAUUACAGCCCGGAGGAUAUCGAAACAGCCUGCCGUUGGCUGGAAGAGAUACAAGAGGCGUUCGGUUCCGCUCUCAAAACAUCUCAACGUUACGAGAGGACAGUCAAAGACCCGGAUGCUGUGAUCCAUCUCGAUGUAGAAGCAGAAAUCCGUGGCGGAAAAAAGGGGUUUCAAACACUGCAUAACAGAUUGCGUCGAAUUUGCGACCAGCGUCUAAACCUAAAGCCGGGUACACGAGAUCGGCUUUCGUGGGCCUUGUAUGGGAAAGGAAGUUUUGAGAACCUGGUGGAGAACAUUUCCAUGCUGACAACCAAUUUGGUUGAAUUGUUUCCUUCUAAAGUUGGUACCCAGAAGGAACUGUGCCAAUUCGAGAUCAAAGACCUUGAUCCAGACAGCCUGACUCUUUUAGACAAAGCCAUUGGUCAAGAAGACAAGAUCCUCAGAGCCACCCUGGACGCCGAAGCUGAGAAGUGGCCCAAUCUCUAUUCAAACAUCGAGGUGACAGAACAUUUCAGGGGUCAUUUCGGUGACAACAUCGGACCCGGGGGGGCGUCAAGGAGGACGAUCUUCUCCGGUAUCAGGGCCGGCGGUAAUGCGGUGGCUCAUUUUGGGCAUAACGUCCGUAUGCAGGGAAGAACGGAUUUCGACAGCACCCAGCAAAACUAA